AUGAAGCGCGCCCAUAAAGCCCCAAAGGCGUCUCAUAAAGCGCACAAGCGCCAGAAAGUCGAAAAGAAGCCACGACCAGAGAUCAACGUUCCCAAGCGCAAGAUUCGACUCGACGACCUAGGAUGGAACCAAGUGUCCAUGCCAGACCGGUUGGAGGACUUCGAGGGCUUCUACGGGCUUGAGGAGAUUGAGGAUGUGCAUGUCGUGAAGGACGCGGUCACGGGAAAUUUGUCGUUCGAGACCACCAAGACGGACGAACAGAUCGAGCAGGAUAUAGAGAAGGCGUGGCAACGCGAAGAAGAGGAAGCGAAGUUCUUGGAGAAGAUAACCUUCGGCGGAGAGCCGAAGAACGGAGAAGAUGUAGUGGAGGAAGAGACUGCGCCAGUGGAAGACACCGUAGAGGCAACCCAGGACGAAGAUGCCGCCUCGUGGGGAGGCUUCAGCGACGAUGAUGUAGCGCAGAACGGAGACGAGCAAUCCGAGGACGUACAAAUGGUCGAGGAAGACGCGCCGCCCACUCCAAAUGUGGUUUUGAGUACUACAAAAGCUGAUGGUGAUGGGGAGGCUGAACCCAAGAAGAUGAACAAACGGGAAAGAGCUGCAGAGAAGAAAAGAAUAGCUGCUCUGGCAAAAAAGACAAAGAAGCCCGACGACGAUGAGGCCAGUGAGGGGAAGACAUUUGGACCGGGCGCCUUCGACAUCCUGGCAAAUCGUGCUGAUGACGAAGACGAUGAGGUUGAUGUGUCCGCAUGGGAGGAGCUGGAGCUCUCGACCAAGAUUCUGGAAUCCUUGGCGAAGCUCAAGUUCUCAAAGCCGACCACGAUUCAGGCCUCGACCAUACCGGAGAUCAUGGCUGGACGAGACGUCAUUGGUAAAGCGUCCACCGGUUCCGGAAAGACGCUGGCGUUCGGCAUUCCCAUCAUCGAGUCCUAUCUUGCUUCUAAGAGCAAGUCGAAAGACGUGAAGGACAAGACUCCUCUAGCCUUGAUCAUAGCCCCCACCCGAGAGCUGGCGCAUCAGAUCACAGCUCAUUUGACGGCACUCUGCGCAAAGGGUGCUUUUGAGGCUCCUCUAAUCGCAUCAGUCACUGGCGGUCUAGCCGUGCAGAAGCAGCGUCGACAGCUGGAGAAGGCCGACAUCAUCGUGGGAACACCAGGACGACUAUGGGAGGUCAUUAGUACUGGUCACGGCCUGCUGGAAAAGGUCAAGCAGAUCCGCUUCCUUGUCGUUGAUGAGGCUGAUCGCUUGCUGAGUCAGGGAAACUACAAAGAGCUUGGAGAAAUUCUCAAGAUCCUGGAAAAAGAUGCACCAGCUGAGGGAGAGGCCGAGGCUGAGGAAACGACUGAGGUAGAGCGACAGACAUUGGUCUUUUCGGCCACAUUCCAGAAGGGUCUGCAGCAAAAGCUCGCUGGUAAGGCCAAGGGCGGCAGCGACAAUCUCAUGAGCAAACAACAGUCCAUGGAGUAUCUUCUGAAAAAGAUCAACUUCAGGGAAGAGAAGCCCAAGUUCAUCGACGCCAACCCGUCAUCACAAAUGGCCAGUAAGCUGAAGGAAGGCCUGAUUGAAUGUGCUGGCACAGAGAAGGACUUGUACCUUUACUCGCUUCUCAUGUUCUACCCCAAGAAGCGUGCGCUCAUCUUCACGAACUCCAUCUCCGCUGUACGACGACUCACCCCAUUCCUCCAAAAUCUUGCUCUACCAGCCCUUCCACUCCACUCCAGCAUGGCACAAAAAGCACGUCUGCGAUCUAUUGAGCGCUUCAAGGAGCGCCCAGGCUCAAUCCUCGUUGCCACAGACGUCGCAGCCCGUGGUUUGGAUAUCCCAAAGGUCGAGCUGGUAAUUCAUUACCACCUGCCUCGUGCAGCAGACACAUACGUCCACCGAUCCGGCCGUACAGCGCGUGCCGAAGCCUCUGGCUCCAGCAUCCUAAUCUGCGCCCCCGAAGAAGUUGGCGGCGUACGUCGCCUCAUCGCCAAGGUCCACGCUCGCGCCGACGAAGCCCCUAAGUCCAAGAAAACGGCCUACUUCAUUCGCACGCUCGACAUCGACCGCCGCAUCGUAGCGCGCCUAAAGCCACGCGCUAGUAUAUCCAAGAAACUCGCGGACACCGUUAUUGCAAAGGAGAAGAAGCACAGCGAAGACGAUACCUUGCGCCAAGCGGCUGAAGACUUGGGUGUGGACUACGACAGCGAGGAGUUUGAGAAGGAAGCUAAGGGUAAGAAGGGACGAGGGACGGGAAGGAAGAAGAAGGAAAAGGAGGCGAGUGAGAUGACCAAGGGCGAGCAACAGGCAUUGAGAGCGGAACUGAGGGGUCUCUUGAGUCAGAGGAUUAACACUGGUGUUAGCGCGAGGUAUUUGACGAGUGGCGGGAUUGAUGUUGAUGCGCUUAUGGCAGGAGAGGGGAAUAUGGAAUUCCUGGGAAAUGUGGAUGGAUUGGGAUUUGAUGAGGAGUAG